CAAACACUGGAACUGACUAAUCUAGUCCUUAACCAUGGCUCAAGCCAACACCAUAUUUUGUUCCAUUGCUCUAAUUGUGGCAUCUGUUUCCAUGCUACAAUCAGCCAUUGUUGCAGAACCCUUGCUGGGUCUAGGGCUUGAAGUGUUUGGAAGAGUUGGGCCUGGAGGUGAUUGCUUGGCUACUCUUACAGGGUUUCAAGAUUGCGCUCAAGAGGUGGUCUCCUCUAUGGCGACCUUUCAAGUUCAACUGGUUGGGCCUGAAUGUUGCAGAGCCUUAGCUGAGGCAGAUAAUAAGUGUUGGCCUAAGGCUUUGCCUGUGAACCCUUUCUACCCACCUCUGCUUAAGAACCACUGCUCUACCCAGCUGCUUUUGGCGCCGUCUCUGCCUUGAUGAGUAUGAUCUUUGUCACUUGCCAGUGGGUAAAAUAAAAGUGGCUGUGUUAUGGGUUUAUAUGCACAUCAAUAUAGAAGAAAGCAUGGAUUUUCCAUGUGUGACUUUCCAUGGAGUCAGAAAUAAAAU